CUCAACGAAGGCACACAUACUAAAAGUUAAGUUUUCGCUUUAAACGCGACAUAAGGGACUAAAUAUGAGAUCCCUUCAAAUUUUGUUAUUCGGUGCCAGCUGUGCGCUCUUCUUAAGUUUUGCUUUUGCACACCCACCUGAAGGCGUUUGGAAAAAGAAGCUUGUUUGGAAAGAGGAUUAUGUGCAAGUGUGGAAAACUAUAAAAAAGGAAGCUUGGAAAGAGGAAUGGAAAAAAAUUCAAGUACCAAUAUGGAAGGAGGUACAAGUGCCUAUAUGGAAAGAAGUUCAAGUUCCCGACUGGAAGAUUGUGAAAAAGCCACAUAUUGUUGAACGUGAAAUACCAGCAUGGAAAGAAACGAAAGUGGCGGAGUGGAAAAAAAUAACGAAACCCAUAUGGCGGGAGAUACAAGUACCAAUUUGGAAAGAAAUAAAAGUACCUGUUUGGAAGGAAAUUCAAGUUCCCAUAUGGCGUGAAGUUAAAGUACCAAUAUGGAAAGAAAUUCAAGUUCCCAUAUGGAAAGAAAUAAAGGUGCCUUAUUGGCGCGAAGUACAAGUGCCUGACUGGAAACAGAUGUUUGUGCCAGAAUGGGUAAAAAUGGGUAUACCUGGUGAAAAGUAUUUGGGCAAGGAUCAUGAGGGUUGGGAAUAUACCAGUCACGAUUUGUGGCGCAAGAAACUAAUAUGGAAACCAGUUUGGAAGAAAGUGUGGCGGACAGAAAAGAAAGAAGAAUGGAAAAUAGAAAAGAAACAAGAAUGGAAAACUGAAAAGGUACAAGAUUUUAAAGUAGAAAAAGUACAGGAAUGGAAGACGGAUAAAGUGCAAGAAUGGAAAACCGAGAAACAGCAAGCUUGGAAAACGGAAAAGAAACUUGAUUGGAAGAUUGAAUGGGUACAAAUUUGGAAACCGGUGAAAAAGCAAAUUUGGGUAAAAGAAAAACAGGAGAAAUGGGUGGAAGAAAAAGUACAAAUUUGGCGUACAGAAAAGAAACAAGCAUGGGCUACGGAGAAGAAACAAGCAUGGAAAGAAGAGUGGGUAUCAAAGAAAGUUCCUGUAUGGAAAGAAGUUAAAGUGCCAGAAUUGAAAAAAGUGUGGAAGCCUGUUUGGGAAAAAGUUUGGGUACCUGUUAGUCAUCAUGGUUGGGAUUGAACUGCAAAAACAAUAUUUACAAAGCUAACAAUAUUGAGCAGCAAAUGAAAUGCUCCAGCACUGAUAUAUUAAAUAAUACAAAUCAAUUAUUUUUAUACAAUACCGUUAAUAUUAAGUUUAAAUCGAUCGGUACUAUGUCCGCACAGAACUUAUCACGUCAGUGAUUCUACACAUGUAAAUAUAUAUCCUUGUACUUAGCUUUCGUUACACAUGAGUAAGCUUGUUCAUAUAAUUUUAAUUUGUUGAUUGUAAAAAAUGUAAAAUUUAUGCAAAUUAGUCAAACUUGCAAAUGUAAAUACUGUGAAGAUUUUCAAGCCCUAU